ACAAACCUCCAGCCCGCCGCUGUCGCAGAGAUUCCAGCGAUGAGCAGCGCAUCGCCAGAGGCAGGCGAGCCAUCGACGUCUACCCUCGUCAGGUCCGCUCCGACGCCAGGCGCGCCCAAGGUCAAGUCGCGCCCGGCACGCCGCCAGAUCACGACACAUGAGCUUACUGCGAUCAAGCAAGCGGCCGAUAAGUCGGGGCAGAAUGGUCUGACAUACAACAUUUGGUACGGCAAGUGGUCCGGCGGAGACCGCGAGGACGACUAUGCAGAGAAGACAAAGGCGUCACACAGGGUAGACAUUGCGAGAGAUAGCGGGUAUACACGGGCGGAUGCUGCGGGGGGCGCUUUCAUCUGCCUCUUCUUCGCCAGAGGUUACUGUCCCAAUGGGUCCGACUGCACUUUCCUACACCGAUUGCCCAAUUCGACGCCGGAGCAGGGCCACGACAUCUUUGGGCGCGCCAAGCAGGGCAGCUACCGCGACGACAUGGGCGGCGUGGGGUCGAUCCAGCGCGUGAAUCGGACACUGUAUGUGGGCAAGAUCCACGAGGAGGCCGACACUUUUUCGCGGCCCAUGAGCCAGGGCGGCGGGGCGAACAUGACAUCCUCCUGGCGUGGCGCCGGUGCUGCCGGUGGCGGCGGGCGAGGGGCCGCAAGCAAGCCCGUGGUGAACCCGCAGGUGAAGGUCAAGUACCCCACCGCGCUCGGCAAGGGCAGCUCGCGCGUCGAGGGUUUUCGCGGCCUCUCGCAGACGGAGAAGGUGCUGCUGCGCCACUUUGGCGAGUUUGGCGACGUGGAGCGCGUGCGGGUGCUGCACACGCGCGGCUGCGGCUUUGUCACCUUUGCCGACGAGACGGCGGCGCAGUUUGCAAAGGAGGCCAUGAUCAACCAGUCGUUGGACCAUGACGAGGUGCUCAACGUGCGCUGGGCAGCCGACGAUCCGGACCAGGUGGCGCAGAAGCGCGACCGCGAACAGCGCGAGGAGCAGGGGCUCAAAGUCAUUGGCGACUCCCUCACGGAAGAGAUGCGCGAGGCUGGAAGGAGCCUGCUCGAGCUCGAGGACGGCGAGGAGGGGGAGCAGGCGAGGAAACGGAGAAAGGACGAGGAGGAGGAGUACCAGAGGCUGCUGGAGGAGAACAUGAAGGGGUGGGAAGAAAUCGAGAAGCUGAAGCAGCAGCAGCAGCAGCAGCAACAAGCCACUGCCCAGGCACAGAUCGAAGCACCGACACCAGCAAAGGUGGCCUCAACACCUUCCGCGGCUCCAGGCUUGCUGAGCAGCGACGCCCUGCAGCAUCUCCACGCCCUGCGCGAAAAGCAGCAGCAGCAAGCGCAAAAGACGGCCGCAUCCAAGCCAGCUGCGACGGGGCUCGGCGGACUCUCGGGCUAUGGAAGCGACAGCGACGACGAGUAGUCGCGCCAAAAGAGUGCAUACAAUGUAAUGUAAUUGAUUCCCAUCAUUGCUCAUCUCCACGACCAGCCUUUCGGCUCUUUCCUUUUCACGCGCCCGAGACUGGGAGCAGCAGCAGCAACAGCGCCGUGCAGGUCUAGCUGCUCCCUUGCAAGCAAGGCUGCUAGGCUGCAGCGGCCUUGGCGGCCUUCUCC